AUGUCCGCUGACAAUGGGGAGACAGUGAGCAUGGUGUUGCAGUAUGCAACUGUGAAGUCAAGGCUCCCUGAUCGCUUCUUUGUCAACUGGAUCUGCCAAGGUGAGUUUCCAUCCGCCAAAUCACUGUCGCCUCCGAUUCACAGUUUUGCAGACCAUGAUGAGGUGCUGCAGAUUAUCAUGACACUUGACUUGCAACAGGGUGCCGACCGCAAGGUGCAGAUUUCCAUGAGCCUCAUGUCCGGCCAGGUCAUUUCGACUGUGGAAGCAGAACAUUCCAUGCGACUUUAUGAGCUGCGUAGAGCCUUGUUCCAGCAUGUUUCUGCAUUCAGCCGAUUGGAGAAGGAAACCAUGAAGUUUUGCACGACCAGCGGUCGUAUGGUUCACCUGCGUGGAUCGGCCACUGUGCAUAGUCUCUUAGUGAACCCGCUCAAGAGACCUCGUGCGAACUGA